AUGUCUUCAAGGCGUUUAAUCUAUUUGAACCCCGCCGCCGCCGGAGAGCGAUGCGAUUACCCAUUGUCUACUGGUGCCACUGAUUUCCACAAAUCACUCCCCAAUUAUGCACCGACACCGCUGGUAUCUUUGCCAGAAAUUGCAACCGAAUUAGGUGUCAAAGCGGUUUUUGUGAAGGACGAGAGCAACCGAUUUGGUCUACCUUCAUUCAAGGUUCUGGGUGCAUCAUGGGGUACUUUCCGAGCCCUUUGCCAGAACCUUGGGCUCGGAUCUGAUAAGACCACUUUGGCCGAACUUUCGUCCAAGGCCCAAGAAAGCUUCAUUUCCCUAGUCACUGCAUCUGAAGGAAAUCAUGGACGAGCGGUUGCGUACAUGGCACGCUUACUCGGUAUUCAAGCUGAGGUAUUUGUGCCCCGGUCUAUGAGCGAGGAGACACGCCACCGCAUUGCCUCGGAGGGUGCAAAGGUCUCUGUUGUUCAAGGAACAUAUGAUGAGGCAGUUAGUCAUGCCUCAAGCAAAGCCUGUGACGGGAAGGUGCUUUUGAUGCAGGAUACUGCCUUUGAGGGAUACGAAGACGUCCCCGCUUGGAUUGUGGAGGGGUAUUCUACCAUGCUGAACGAGACCGAAGAGCAGCUGUCUCAACUCAGUCUAUCAGCCAACAUAAUGCUCACACCUGUUGGUGUUGGCAGUCUUGCUCAUGCUGUAGCAAGACAUUGCAAAUCAAAGAAGAUGGCCAUGGUUGCUGUUGAACCCGAUUCCGCUCCUUGUUUGUCUUCCAGUCUCCGUGCUGGGAAAUCAGUUGCUGUUCAGACAUCCGCUACUAUUAUGGACGGCAUGAACUGUGGCACUGUGUCAAGUACCGCUUGGCCAGACUUGCAGCGCUCUGUUGAUGCCUGCGUGACUGUUUCGUCGUAUGAGAGCCACUGUGCUGUUCAGUAUCUGACUUCGAAAUCAGUGACCGCUGGCCCGUGUGGUGGAGCUUCUCUUGCUGCAUUGCGGCGUCUUGCUCGAGAAGAAUCCUCGUUAUUGUCCAAGGACUCUGUGGUGGUUCUUCUCAGCACAGAAGGUGCACGCCCCUACCCCAUUCCCAAGGAUGUGGCUGUGGAAGAUGCUGUUGGCCUGACUCGAAUGCUCACUGAAAUCGACUCUUCCAAUCCUACCUUAUCUGUGAGUGGCGGAGCAGGUGAAAGCGAAAUCGCCGACUACCUGUCAGCGUGGUUUGCUCAUCGAGAUAUUGAGUACCAUCGUAUCGAGCCUAUUGCAGGCCGACCCUCUGUUGUGGGUGUACUUCGUGGAAGCGGAGGAGGAAAGUCGCUCAUGUUUAACGGACACGUUGACACGGUCAGUAACGCAAGCUACGAGCAAGGCGUGGAUCCCCUAUCAGGCGCCAUGGGAAUGAAGAACGGAGAGCAAGCCAUCUUUGGACGAGGAUGUCUGGACAUGAAAGGCGGUUUGGCGGCCGCGCUUGCAGCGGUAGCAGCGAUCAAAGCUAGGAGCCCGGAUCAAAUGCCUCGUGGAGAUAUUAUUGUGGCUGCUGUAUCAGAUGAAGAAGAUGCAUCCCGGGGAACCCAGGACCUAAUAGCAGCUGGAUGGCGAGCUGAUGCUGCGGUCGUCCCCGAGCCAACCAUGGAGGAGAUCAUCACUGCGCACAAAGGAUUCGUGUGGGUUGAAGUUGAUAUCCUGGGUGUUGCUGCUCAUGGUUCAAACCCUGCGGCAGGGCAAGAUUCUAUCAUUCAUGCGGGAUGGUUCCUUCAGGCUCUUGAGGAGCACCAACUUCAUCUACCGGAGGAUGAUCUCCUAGGCAAGGCAUCCUUGCAUUGUGGUCUGAUUCGAGGAGGAGAAGAGCCAUCUUCUUAUCCCGGCAAAUGCACAAUCACAGUUGAAUUUCGCACGAUUCCUGCGCAAUCUGAGGCAUCAAUUCUGGAGGAUGUCCGCGGGCUUCUCAGCAAAAUCUCAGAGGAGAAGCCCCAAUUCCAAUACAACGAGCCUCGUAUCACUAUGUCACGUCCGACGACAAAACUUUCACGGGAUCACCCCUUGGUGCAGAUGGCAGUCACCUGUGCCACUCCAAUUUUGGGAAGAACCCCUUCGCUUGGAAUUGUCCCAUUCUGGUGCGACGCAGCUUUGCUAGCCGAAGUCGGUAUUCCAUCGAUUGUAUUUGGUCCUGCUGGUGAGGGUCUCCAUAGUAAAGAGGAAUGGGUGAAAGUGAAGAGUUUGGAGCAGAUAGAAGAGGUAUUCAUAAACUUGGCUCGGGAAUUUUGCUCCUAG